CAGAACGAGUGGCUUUUCCCUCAGUACACCCUGACUGAAACAAGAGGAAAUGAACUCAAAGAUCUGGAUGACCGGGUAGAUCGUUUUGUUGUAGAGUGGAAACAUCUUCACCUGUAGCAGACAUGAGGAGAGCUCUGUUUCAUCUGUUAACCCUCUAUGUUUUAGUACCUGUCAUUCUCUACUUGUUCCCUUGGAUACUGGGCUAUGCCAUAUUUGCUCACUUGUUGAGGUUUCCAUACUUUGUGGAUCUCGGCAGGCCUCAGGAUGUGCUGAACCACACCUGCAACUUCUACCUCACCACAGAGGAAGGCAUCUCAGUUGGAGUGUGGCAUACACUCCCUGCCAGCCAAUGGCAGGCGUCUGCUGGGAGAGGGCCUGGCUGGUACCAGGAGACACUGGGGGAUGGCAGUCCUGUUAUUGUCUAUCUCCAUGGCAAUGUAGGGACCAGGGCAAUGAAUCACAGAGUAAAACUGGUGAAGAUCUUAAGUGCUGCAGGGUACCAUGUCUUAUCUUUAGACUACAGAGGUUUUGGAGAUUCUACUGGGGAGCCCAGUGAGGCUGGGUUGACCAAUGACGCCCUCUACCUGUACCAGUGGGUAAAGAAACAAAGCAGAAGUAGUGUUGUCUGUCUGUGGGGACACUCACUGGGCUCUGGGGUGGCAACAAACACUGCACUGCAACUACAAGAGCAAGGGUCUGCUGUUGAUGCUUUAAUCCUUCAAGCUCCAUACACAAGAAUUGGAAAAGUGGUGGCCAUCCAUCCGUUUGCUAAGAUGUACAUGUUCCUUCCAGGAUUUGAGAGCUUGCUUUGGAACCUGCUGGAAAGGAUGAACAUUGUAUUUGCUAAUGAUAAAAACUUAAAGAUGCUGACGGCUCCACUUCUCAUUCUGCAUGCAGAAGAUGACAAAAUUGUUCCUUAUCACAUGGGUCAGAAGCUGUACGAGAUAUCGCUGCAGGCUCACAGGGAAUUAAACGCAGGCAAACGGGUUGAAAUGGUUUCCUACAAUGCAAAUCUGGGAUUCUCCCACAGCAAUAUCUACUUGGACCCUAAUUUGUCAGAAGUGGUUAGGAAAUUUCUACAAAACCUGUGACCGUAGAGUGGGUUUAACUUCUUUUACCACAAAGUGAACUUAUGUCUUCUGAAAAAGAGAAAUAAAACGCUUUAAUAUAA